GAAAGCGGAGCAGAAGAGCGAAACAUGGCGACAUCGAAUAAUCCGCGGAAAUUUAGCGAGAAAAUCGCUUUGCAUAAUCAGAAACAGGCAGAAGAGACAGCAGCAUUCGAGGAAGUGAUGAAAGAUUUGAGUAUUACCCGAGCAGCGAGGGUAAGCUUACAGAAGACCCAGUAUUUACAGUUGGGACAAAACCGUGGGCAGUAUUAUGGCGGAUCAUUGCCAAAUGUCAAUCAGAUUGGAAAUGGCACCAUUGACAUGCCUUUUCAGACUCCCUUUCAAGGUUCAGGUGACACCAGCAGGACAACACGGCAUCAUGGAUUGGUUGACAGAGUUUACCGGGACAGAAACCGCAUCACAUCCCCACACGGAAGGCCCCUCGACAAACAUGGACGCCAAAUUGAUAGCUGUCCGUAUGGCUCGGUGUAUCUGUCACCCCCACCCGACACCAGCUGGAGGAGGACAAACUCGGACUCUGCAUUGCAUCAGAGCACUUUGAACCCGCAGGAUAUUUUUGCAGGAGGCUCACAAGACUUGCAGCUUAAACGAGUGCUUCUGCUUCAUGUACCAGGGCCAGAAGACACAGAAUCAGAUAUGGACAAAGACGAACAGAAACAGAACUGGGAUGGCAAAAAGAAUGUCUCAUCAAGGUCCAAGGUCCCAGGAAUCAACAUAUUCCCGUCUCCAGAUCAGGAGCUGACCGUGUCACUGAUGCCUUCAGCCCAAAACACGGGCGGCGGCUCCCUGCCUGAUCUGACCAACAUCCAGUUCCCCCCUCCGCUGCCCACCCCCCUGGACCCCGAGGACUCUACCCUCAGUGCCUACAAUAGCACAGGAAACCUGGCCACCAGCCACUCAUACAGCUUCAGUUCCACCAGCCAAGGACAGACCACAACCCAGCAGGGCAGGCAGGACAACAACAUGGUCAACCAGGACUCCCACCAGCACCAGUCCCUACAGCUCUCCCCCACCCUGUCGCCACCCCUCACCCUCGCCCAGGUAGCGGAGACCAUAGACGCCAUGACACUGGAGGCACAGUUGUCCCAGUACACGUUCUUCAGCCAGCCCUCUUCUCAACAACAACAGCAGCAGCAGACCACUCAAGGACUGACCAGGCUGGUCCAGCUCCCCUCCCCUCUGAACACCUCUUCCAGCCAGACACAGAGCUCCAUGGAUAUGAACUCGGGCUCUUUCCCCCAACAGUACCGCAGUAGGGCUGGGUCUUCGGCCAAUCAGUCUCCAACAUCUCCAGUCUCCAAUCAAGGCUUCUCACCUGGAGGCUCGCCUCAACACCACUCCAUAUUGGGUAGUGUAUUUGCUGACUUCUAUGACCAGCAACUCACAUCCAGACAGACCAGUGCUCUCUCCCAACAGCUGGAGCAGUUCAACAUGACAGACAACAACAGUCUGUACGGCCAGGGCUCCACCCUCAACUACUCCCAAGCAGCCAUGAUAGGUUUGAUGGGUAGCCACGGCAACCUGCAAGACUCCCAGCAGCUGGGCUACAGUAGCCAUGGCAACAUCCCCAACAUCAUUCUCACAGGUACUAUCAGCUUCGACGCGGACUCUCAGUUUCCCUUGGACGAGCUGAAGAUCGACCCUCUGACCCUGGAUGGGCUGUACAUGCUCAACGAUCCUGACAUGGUCCUCACUGACCCCGCCACGGAAGACGCCUUUCGGAUGGACCGGCUUUAGAACCGCUGCCAAGUUGACUGACUCUCUCGGAGGAACCCGGCCUGAGGGGAGAGGGAUAUUUUGGGAGUGUGGUAACUCGUGGCUAGGCCCCAGCUGUGCAGUGUAUUCAUCCCACACUCCCACCUCCCUUCACCAGCCACCCCUUUCUAAGAGCCAUGGUAAGAUGAGCUAGUAGGGAAAUGGUCGACAGAGUAUGCUUUCUCCCUUCCCGAUGGAAAAGAUGGAAGGGCGACAUUGUCAUGUUUGGUGGAUGUUGCGCUUAAGGUUCUGACUGUGACCAGUCUGUGCUAACCACAUACAUCCCUUAACUUGUUUAUUUAUUUAUUUUAUGCCUCCUGCCAGCCUUUCUGUUGGAUGCUUUGGUUUUUGUAAAGGAAAACAAAAUAGGAUACAACCUACAUUGGUCUUGACUUCCAUUUGAAGACAUUCAAUUGAUUUAAAAUCAUGUCUGCAGUGGAAACUGCUUAUCUUUCUGUCACCUGCCAUACUAGAUUAGCAUGUCUCAUUAUCACCCAUCUGCAUUUUCACAACCGCCCCUCUAUUGGCUAAUCUUGCCAGUCUCACAUUUUCAUCAGUGCACUUAACCGCGCUGUCAUUCAUUCACACUAUACGGUGCCUUUAGAAAGUAUUAACACCCCUUUACUUUUUCCACAUUUUGUUCUGUUGCGAGGUGGGAUUAAAAUGUCAUUUUUUGUCAAUGAUAUACACCAAAUGCUCUAAUGUCAAAGUGGAAGAAAAAUUCUAACAUUUUUUUAAAAACUUUAUGGAAAAUUAAACACUAUCUUGAUUAGAUAAAUAUUCAACCCUGUGAGUCAAUACAGGUUAGAAUCACCUUUGGCAGCGAUUACAGCCGUGAGUUUUUCUGGGUAAGCCUAUGAGAUUUGCACACCUGGAUUGUACAAUAUUUGCCCAUUAUUCUUGAAAAAAUUAUUCAUAUUCUGUCAAGUUGGGUGUUGAUCAUUGCUAUACAGCCAUUUUCAAGUCUUGCCGUAGAUUUUCAAGCCAAUUUCAAGUAAAAACUAUAACUAAGCCAUUCUAUGUCAUCACUGUAAGCAACUCCAGUGUAUAUGGCUUUGUGUUUUAGGUUAUUGUCCUGCUGAAAGCUGAAUUUGUCUGCCAGUGUCUGUUGGAAAGCAGACUGAACCAAGUUUUCAUCAAGGAUUUUGCCUGUGCUUAGCUCUAUUACAUUUUUUUUAAAGCUCCCUAGUCUUUGCUUAUGAUAAACAUACCCAUAACAUGAUGCAACCACCACCAUGCUUGAGUGGUACACAGUGAUGUGUUUUGUUGGAUUUUCCCCAAACAUAACUCUUUGUAUUUAGGACUAAAAGUUAAUUGUUUACAGUAUUACUUUAGUUUCUUAUUGGAAACAGGAUGCAUGUUUUGGAAUAUUUUUAUUCUGUACAGGCUUCCUUCUUUUCACUAUGUCAUUUAGGUUGGUAUUGUGGAGCAACUACAAUGUUGUUGAUCCAUCUUCAGUUUUCUCCUAUCACAGCCGUUAAACUCUGUAACUGUUUUAAAGUCACCAUUGGCCUCAUGGUGAAAUCUGAGAGGUUUCCUUCCUCUCUGGCAACUGAGUUAGGAAGGACGCCUGUAUCUUUUUAGUGACUGGGACUAUUGACACACCAUCCAAAGUGUAAAUAAUAACUACACCAUACUCAAAGGGAUAUUCAAUGGCUCCUUUUCUUUUUUUAACCAUCUACCAAUAGGUGCCCUUAUUUGGGAACCAUUGGAAAAACUCCCUGGUCUUUGUGGUUGAAUCUGUGCUUGAAAUUCACUGCUUGACAGAGGGACCUUACAGAUAAACUCCAGUGGCUUGCGAAAGUAUUCACCCCCACUUGGCAUUUUUCCUAUUUUGUUGCCUUAAAACCUGUAAUUAAAAUAGAUUUUGGGGGUGCUUGUAUAAUAUGAUUCACACAUCAUACCUACCUACCACUUUGAAGAUGCAAAAUAUUUUUUCUUGUGAAACAAACAAGAAAUAACUUUGUAGAGCCACCUUUUGCAGCAAUUACAGCUGCAAGUCUCUUGGGGUAUGUCUCUAUAAGCUUGGUACAUCUAGCCACUGGGAUUUUGCCCAUUCUUCAAGGCAAAACUGCUCCAGCUCCAAGUUGGAUAGGUUCCACUAGUGUACAGCAAUCUUUAAGUCAUACCACAGAUUCUCAAUUGGAUUGAGGUCUGGGCUUUGAGUAGGCCAUUCCAAGACAUUUAAAUGUUUCCACUUAAACCACUGAAAUGUUGCUUUAGCAGUAUGCGUAUGGUCAUUGUCCUGCUGGAAGGUGAAUCUCUGUCCCAGUCUCAAAUCUCUGGAAGACUGAAACAGGUUUCCCUCAAGAAUUUCCCUAUAUUCAGCACCAUCCAUCAUUCGUUCAAUUCUGACCAGUUUCCCAGUUCCUGACGAUUAAAAACAUCCCCACAGCAUGAUGCUGCCACCACUAUGCUUCACUGUGGGGAUGGUCAUCUCGGGGUGAUGAGGUGUUGGGUUUGUGCCAGACAUAACGCUUUCCUUGAUGGCCAAAAAGCUACAUUUUAGUCUCAUCUGACCAGAUCUCUGCUGUGGAGCUUUGCAGCUCCUUCAGGGUUAUCUUUGGUCCCUUGGUUGCCUCUCUGAUUAAUGCCCUCCUUGCCUGGUCUGUGAGUUUUGGUGGGCGGCCCUCUCUUGGCAGAUUUGUUGUGGUGCCAUCUUCUUUCCUAUUUAUUUAUAAUGGGUUUAAUGGUGUUCCGUGGGGUGUUCAAAGUUUCAAAUAUUUUUUUAUAACCCAACCCUGAUCUGAUCGGUCUUUAUGGUGCACCUUGAUUGGUGGUGCCCCUUGCUUGGGCGGUGUUGCAGACUCUGAGGCCUUUCAGAACAGGUUUAUAUAUAUACACUGAGAUCAUGUGACAGAUCAUGUGACACUUAAAUAAAGUCCACCUGUGUGUGAUCGAACUAAUAAAAUUACUUCUGAAGGUAAUUGGUUGCACCAGAUCUUAUUUAGGGGCUUCAUAGCAAAGGGGGUGAAUACAUAUGUUGUUGUUUUUUAAACAAGUUAUUUUUUUCAUUUCACUUCACCAAUUUGGACUAUUUUGUCUAUUUCCAUUACAUGAAAUUCAAAUAAUAAUCCAUUUAAAUUACAGGUUGCAAUGCAACAAAAUAGGAAAAAUGCCAAGGGGGAUGAAUACUUUUGCAAGGCACUGUACAUGACCAAAAGUAUGUAGACACCUGCUCGUCGAACAUCUCAUUCCAAAAUCAUGGGCAUUAAUAUGGAGUUGGUCCCCCCUUUGCUGCUAUAACAGCCUCCACUCUUCUGGGAAGGCUUUCCACUAGAUGUUGGAACAUUGCUGCCGGGACUUGCUUCCAUUCAGCCACAAGAGCAUUAGUGAUGUCGGGCAUUGAUGUUGGGCAAUUAGGCCUGGCUCGCAGUCGGCAUUUCAAUUCAUGCACGGGGGAAUUUUCAUGUGGAAACAGGAAAGGGCCUUCCCCAAACUGUUGCCACAAAGUUGGAAGCACAGAAUCGUCUUGCAUGUCAUUGUAUGCUGUAGCAUUAAGAUCUCCCUUAACUGAAACUAAGGGACCUAGCCCGAACCAUGAAAAACAGACCCAGACCAUUAUUCCUCUUCUACCAAACUUUACAGUUGGUCCUAUGUAUUGGGGCAGGUAGCGUCUCCUGGCAUCUGCCAAACCCAGACUCAUCCAUCGGCCUGCAAGAUAGUGAAUUGUAAUUCAUCAUUCCAGAGAACGUGUUUCCACGGCUCCAGAGUCCAAUGGCGGUGAGCUUUACACCACUCCAGCCGACACUUGGCAUUGCGCAUCGUGAUCUUAGGCUUGUGUGAGGCUGCUCAGCCAUGGAAACCCAUUUCAUGAAGCUCCCAACAAACAGUUCAUGUGCUGUCGUUGCUUCCAGAGGCAGUUUGAAACUCUGUAGUGAGUGUUGCAACCUAGGGCAGACGAUUUCUACGCGCUGUGCGCUUCAACAGUCGGUGUUCCUGUCUGCGAGCUUGUGUGGCCUACCACUUCGCGGGGGAGCCGUUGCUGCUCCUAGACGUUUCCACUUCACAAUAACAGCAUUUACAGUUGACCAGGGCAUCUCUAGCAGGGCAGAAAUUUGACAAAUGUACUUCUUGGAAAGGUGCCAUCCUAUGACGGUACCACAUUGAAAGUUACUGAGCACUUCGGUACAGGCCAUUCUACUGCCAAUGGUUGUCUAUGGAUUUUGCAUGGUUGUGUGCUAGAUUUUAUACACCUGCCAGUGACGGGUGUGGCUGAAAUACCCGAAUCCACUCAUUUAAUGGUGUGUCCACAUCCUUUUGUAUAUAUAGUGCAAUUGUAUGUUUGGGUUACAGAGAAGAGGUAGUCAUUUAAAAAUCAUGUUAAACACUACUAUUGCUCACAGAGUGAGUCCAUGCAGCUUAUUAUGUGACUUUUUAUGUGACUGUUUACUCCUGAACUUAUUUAGGCUUGCCUAUAACAAAAGAGUUAAAUACUUAUUGACUCAAGACAUUUCAGCUUUACCUUUCAUUUGUAAGCAUUUCUAAAAAAAUAAUUCCACUUUGACAUUAUAGGGUAUUGUGUGUAGGUUAGUGACACAAAAUCUAAAUGUAAUCCAUUUUAAAUUGAGGCUGUAAAACAAGAAAAUGUGGAAAAAGUCAAGGGGUGUGAAUACUUUCUGAAGACACGGUAGUUGUAUUUAUUGGUGCAGUUUUUUUGACCAGUAUUUUACUUUUGGUUUCUUUCCAAACUUGACGUUGCACUUUCAGUCCAUAAAUUCUGUCAGCGUUUCAGGGUUGCACAACAUGUUUUAGUGCUGAAGGGUAUACUACAAAGUGGGUUCAAUGAAUUAGCCAGCUAACUUGCCUAAAUAUUCAGGUGUAACUUGUAAUUUUUGGUGAAGAUAAACUUGAAAUGGGCAAGGUCUAAUUGACUCAACGACCAAAAAUGUAUAUCUAAGUAUAACUUUCUUCAUGACCCAGAAAAUAAAUAGUUAUUUCUGGUUGUUUAUCAAAGUUACCUGGCUAACUCAUUUAUGCUGCUUCGUAGUAUACCCGUCAGGUAAACAGUUAAGCGGUUUCCUUUGUUGAACAACUAGGAGUGCUAACCCUCAUCUUUAGCUUGUGAUUGGCCACGGCAACCAAAGAAGGCCUAAAUUCAAGUUAAACAAUCCUUGUAAAAUCACUUACAACUCUGUUUGUAGAGUUUUCAAAAAAAGGGCUGUCAUAGGGUCAUUUUGGCACUUUAUUCCUGAAAUUUACAUUUAAUAUUUACUAUGGUAGCUGGUUUGGAGAGGCAAACAAGAUAGACAUGAAAUCUGAAUGAAUCACUGUGAUAACCAGAUUCUGCCUUAUAAGAUUACAUGAUAUGGAAAGCUAAGAUCGCCAAUCUCUCCAUUAAUUUUUUUUUGUAAUUGUGCAACUUGUUGAGGCAAGCAGUGAAGUGCAAGCAUCAGUGAUUAUCAAGCAUCCCCCAUUGUUUUCCAAUGCCUAGGCCUGACUUAGAUUGGCACUAGUAUGAGAAUAUGAGGUAGGCCUCAUUCAAAAUGCCGCUAGUGUGAAAAUAUGACCAACACCGGACUGAAAUUUGCUCUAGGGAGAAUAUGACCAAGUUGAACAGGGAGGUGUAUCACUGCUUAAGUUGUUAUUCACUGCUUUUCACUAGUUACCAUUUUGCUUUUCAUAUUUAUAUUCACACAUUUUGUGAAGUGGUACUGUAUUUCCCAUGUCAACCUAAUUGUCCAGAUUUGUCCCAUGUCAGCCUAAUUGUCCAGAUUUGUCCCAUGUCAGCCUAAUUGUCCAGAUUUGUCCCAUGUCAGCCUAAUUGUCCAGAUUUGUCCCAUGUCAGCCUAAUUGUCCAGAUUUGUCCCAUGUCAGCCUAAUUGGUCUAAUUGACCCAUGUCAGCCUAAUUGGUCUAAUUGACCCAUGUCAGCCUAAUUGGUCUAAUUGACCCAUGUCAGCCUAAUUGGUCUAAUUGUCCCAUGUCAGCCUAAUUGUCCAGAUUUGUCCCAUGUCAGCCUAAUUGGUCUAAUUGACCCAUGUCAGCCUAAUUGGUCUAAUUGACCCAUGUCAGCCUAAUUGGUCUAAUUGACCCAUGUCAGCCUAAUUGGUCUAAUUGACCCAUGUCAGCCUAAUUGGUCUAAUUGACCCAUGUCAGCCUAAUUGAGCCGAGGUAUCACAUUUCUGGUGCCCUUAAAGUUGUUACUUGUGAAUUAGAUGCUUUGCUUCCAUUAGUUGUCAUUUCUAAAUUGGAUCUUGCUUAUGAUAUCUAUGCAAAACAAAUUAAAUUGAUUGAUUGAGGACUGAGCGUUAUUAGCGAUCUAAUAGACAUAACAAAGUACCUAAACUAAAUGACCUUGUUGAAAUGUACAGUACCAUUUUGAUUGCUUUUUCUCAGCAAAGAAAUGAGCAUGUUGGCAUGUUUCAUUUGCUACAUUUUAAUUUACAUUUGACUUUGUUUUUACACUUCACGGAGGAGAAUUCAAAUGAUAUAUUCUGCACGUUGGCUUUGGAAGAAAAAGUGAAAAAGCAUGACAAAAGACAAAUACUGCAUAUAUUAGAAAAUUGGCCCCUUCGUGUGAUUCUCAUGGAUGUGUCGGAGGUAGAUUUUACUGCUAAAAUUUGAUUAUUUUCUGACAAGAAGAUUCAACUGCCUCUAUAUUAGAACAGCAUUGCUGCAACCAGAAUGUAUUUAAUCACAUUUUCCUUCAUACAGUAUUAUCAUAAUCUUGACACCUUCAUUUGUCUCGUGUGCACGUGUGUGUGUGUGUGUGUGUGUGUGUGUGUGUGUGUGUGUGUGUGUGUGUGUCACAUGUUUUCCCCUCAUUGUCAUUAGCUCUUCAGGCUUUUGUGGAUGCAUAGUGUCAGAAUUUCAGUAUUGCUGCGGCUGAAGGCUUUACAGUUGACCUGUUAAUAGUUCAUGUCAAGUGAGCUUGCUUUUUGUGAGUAAUUUCAUUGGAUGUACCCAUGACAUUAUCCUGCAUUUUACUUUGCACUUUCCUCACAACAUUAAAGUAUUGAGCCCUGGGACUUUUUCACCCCCCUCUGAGCGACUGUUAUGUGCACUGGACCUGUUUCCCCAUGUGUUUGGUCAAACUUGACUUCUUGUUAAAAAAAGAAAGUGUAUUUUUUAAAAGCAUAUGUUUAUAGUCUGUAUAAAAAAAAAAACAUUUUUUUUUUUUUUUUACUUAAUCAGCUAGUAUUUUUUGUCAGGCAUCUGAUAUUGUGACUUUGAAAUGCUCCAAUUUUGGAAGCCGAUAUUAUAAACUUUGUAUUUUUGGAUAGAUUUCUCACUGCAGAACAGAUACGGCUGGUCAUGCUCCUGUUGUGCUUCAAGCGUAGCUACAAGUACAAUACAAGCAGGGUGAAGUAAUCAUGUAAUUGGGAAGCAAUUAGAUGUAACAAUUGAUGCAUCAAUGAGUGCUGUGAGAAACCACUUUAAUGGUUAAUAUUAAAAUAUGUACUAAAAUGUCAUAGACAGGAGUGAGAACAGUCAUCUUGUUGUGCAUAGAGUCUAUAAACAAAACCCACUAUUAUCAUAUAAUAUGCAUUUAACUGUGUCAUUCGCUAUCUAUACUUCAGUACUGUGUGAGUAAAUUCACCUUGAAGAAAUACCACUAGUUAUGUGAUUUAUAUCAGUCAAGUAUGUGCUCAAAUCAGAAUUUUAGAAUUGACUCCCAUUCAAUUCAUGAGUUCAAAUUUGAAUUGAAUUGGCCACACCCCACAGGAUGUAGAAUUUGAGUUUGAUUGACAGAAAGUAGAAUUAAAUUCUGUGCAAUUCAAAGAAAUUCCACUCAGACAUAGAACAGUUUUUCACUGAAUCUGAUGGGUCACACUUCCAGAUACCAAAGAAUAUACGACUUUUCUCUGGAAUCAAUGUUCAUAUUCUAUUUUGCAUAGAAUAGCCAAUUAUAUUUCCACCAACUAUUUCAUUUGUUUGGCUUAUUUUGAAGGCUUCAGGACCAACACUAAUGCAUUCUGGGAAAUGUAGUAGUUUCCCUAUAUUUACCUAACUUUAAGAGAUUAAUGAAAUAUAAUAUCUUAGAAUAUUCGCAUUCAGGUUUUGUUGUUUUCCUCGAUCAUUGAUUUUAAGAGUUUCUCCUGAAAACCAAUAUUUAUAUAUACAUGUAUAUUAUUGGUUACAGAUCUGAAUGUCAGAACCGUUUUGGCUGCCAGAGUGGUUCUGAAUCAGAAGCAGUCCGGAUUUCUAAUCUUUAGCGCUUGAUUUUUACUUUUGGUGUGUGGAAAUGUUUUCUUCUCCUUUUUUUCUGAUUACUUUGCAUGAGUUUCAAGAUGAGCUUUUUUCUUAUUUUUAGCUUGGUUUUAUCUUGUGUUCUUUUUUUCUAUCAAGCACAAUGUCAUGCAAAAGAUUAUAUUGGAAGAAAGGUGGAAUAGACUUUGUUUAAAUGUGGUUUAAUGUUCUGUUACGUUUUCCUUGUAUGGUUAAUUGUCCAUCUUCUAUUCGAACAGUGGCAAGGCUUCACACAAACUGAACUGCUAUGUCCAAAAGCAACAAAAAUACAUGUUUUAUCAGCCUUUUAUUCACAUGGAGAUGCAAUUAUCUGGUGUUUGUACUUAUACAUUUGAUCUUCUCUGUGUUUAUGCGCUAAAUGCUCACUGAAGUGUAUUCUGUUUGCCGAGUGUAUAGAUUAACUGUGUUUAUUGCUUUUCGGUAUAAAUGUUUUUGUGCUUUAUGUGAUAUGUCAAUAGUGAAAAUGUGUGUUUCAUGCACUGAGAAUUAAUGUGCUGCAGUUUGUCAUUGUUCGUCUGUUCUGUUUUUCUGACUUAGUAUCGGUUUUACCAAAUGUUUUCAGACUGAUCCAAACUCCGUGUUGCUUUACUGUGUUUUUACAAUCAGUUGUCUUUUCUUUUUUUUUUUUUAAUCUGUGUUUAUGUAGUAAAUCUGACUGAUUUGAAAGAUCUAUUAUUACUGCCACAAUAAGGGGAAAGAUGUUGUUUUAAUAUGAAAUGGACCCUUGCCAUCCACACAGGAUACUGUAAACCAGGGGUCUUCAACCUUUUCAUGCCCAGAGACUAGCUCCCAGACAAAUUGGCGACCCAGGGACCCCCAUCAUAUGUUAGCAAAAAUAAAUGUUUUCACGUCUUGUCUUAUUAUUAGGUGACUGAUAAGAGCAAGAAGUAAUCAACAAUUUAAAAUAAAUAGAGUUGGUAGAUGCUUUCCACCACCCCACAUUCUAAUUAGAAGAGGAAGUAUAAACUCUAAUAUAGCCUAUUAGCUAGAAACCCAUUUUCGCUAAGGGCAGCUGGUUAAACAAAGUUUAGUUGUGUUUUGGCAAAAAUGUAUGUCCAAGUCAAGAAAGCUAACCAUAUUUUAUACUGUAGGUAUGUCAUUUAAAAUCAGUUUAUUCUGUUGCUAGUGACGUAAAUAAAUAUUUUCGGUGACCCCCUGCAGUACCUUCACGGACCCCCUAUUGAAUAACCCUGCUGUAAACCCAUCAACUUCCCCGUGACACCAGACAGGUAAUCUGGGCAAUAUUUAAGUAUUACAUAGCCAAACAUAGCCAUCUCAACGUUUUAACAUACUAGCCUGGCUGCCUGGCUGAAUCAGCAGUUGACAGCUUCCCUUAAUGUCAUGACUGUGACAAUGGAGCUGUCCAAUGCUGAAACCGACAGAUCCAGGCUGUAUAGCUGCUAAAUAAAUAACUGUAUUUCCAAGUAUUACGUUCAUAAAUUGUCCCUUUAUCUCUUAUUUAUAGUUCCAGUAAUGCACUUAUUUUAGAGCACAUUCUUAUCUGUCCUUCACUAAAAUGUGUUUCUGUCAAUGUUGAAAUAGUCUUCAAAUACUCUAAUUUCCCACUGCAUCUCAAAAGUUACGUUUUCGUUUUGUUAGACUGAGAAUUACAGAAACUUAAAACUAUACACUUGUCUAUGUAUUGUUUACAUUUAGAAAAGGAAAAUAUUUGAGGAAAAUAUAAAUCGGCUUUAUCUUAAGUUUAUUUCUCACUGCAUAACCUACUGCAUUAAGACUGACAUUUUCAGCUUGAUACCUUGAGGUAACUCUUUCUACAUGGUACCAAAUUUGUAAAUAUCUCCUUAUGAUCUAAAAAAAAAAAAAAAGUCUUGAUGUGAUAUUUUUUGCUUUUAGCAAGUAUUUAGCUCUGACUAGGUUAGGUUAACCAUGUGCAAACACUCUGUGUGACUAAAACCUGCUCACCCAAAGCAUCUCCAGUAGGAUAAAAUGCAGAUCUCAAUAUAAUUCUGUAAAUGUUUUUAUUUAUUAUAGUGGCAAUACAUGUAAAAAGGGAAAAUCAACCAGACAGAUGAAAUGGAGAUAAUCAUUGUUUGAUCAUUCAGGAUAGUUACCACAACAACAACAAAAACUAGAAAUCCUCUGAUAUGUGCAUUUAAUGGGGGAUGGCCCACUCUAGUGGUCCCUUUCUCAUACAACGGCAGCUAAAUUGUAAUAUAAUGUAUUUUCUUUUCAGUACUAUUACUCAAAUGUUGCAAAUGUAUUUAACUGCAAUGUCUGGAUACUACACCUACUGUACUCACAGCAACAGGACAGUUAUGCUCAUCGAAUAUGCAAAUCCUAGCAUUCAGCAGAACAGCUUGGCAAUCCUGUACUUUUGUUGAGCUGACCCUUUAAAAUGAAUGGAUCAAAUCUUGUUCUUUUUAAAUUGUGCUUUUAUAUAAAACGGGAAAAAAAACAGACCAAAAAAUCCAUGUGGGCUGUAUUAAAUGUGUGCUAAAUAACUGAAAACGGAUGUUAAGCUUCUAUUCGAAUCAUACCUAAUGUAUUUUUCUUGUGUGAAGGCUUCAGUCUUUGUAUCUUUGCAUUACUAUUUGUAAAUGAAAUUAGAUUAAAUAAAAUCUAAAUAAGCAUAUUAA